GUCGUGUGUGUGUGAUUGGCUGCGCGGUGCGUCACUCUGCGCGGAGAGGCGGAAGAGGCGGGUCGUGGGGCUCUCAUCAUGGCGGGACACAUGAAAAUGACAAACGGCUCCGGCUCGACCCGCGGGACGUUCCUGGUUCUCGUGGCGCUGCUCCUCGGUUUCCCUCCGGACUCGCACCAGGACUCAGGUAAUGAAAGUCCAGUAAUUGAUCUGCAUGAUGGAGAAGAGUACAUCCUGUCGGGGUCCAAUCGGUUCUGUUACCAAAACUCCAUCGUGCCCACCUGGCGGCAAACAUGGACCAGAAUUCAGGUCAAAGUGUGGAGCUCCAACGUGUUCAAGUUGGUAAUCGUGGAAGGUGAGGAGGAGCUGCAGGAGUUGGAGCGCUUCAGUGUCUGGAGCUGGUUUCAGAGCUUGUUACGUGAGCGGCACAAUGAAACCACCAUUAACAUCGGCCUAUUCAGCAAGAAGACGUGCUUCAAGAUCGACCCCAGUGCAAAAGCCAAGUACACUGUCAAGCCCCUGCGCAAGUUUGAUAUCUAUCUGUUUUUGGUUUUCCUCUCUGGGGCGUUGCUGUUGAUCUUUGCAGAUUCACUCAGCAGGAGUCAAGUUUUCUUCUACUCUGCUGGUAUGAGCACAGGCAUGAUCGCCUCUCUCAUCAUCCUCUUCUUCAUUCUGGCUCGCUUUUUGCCAAAGAAAAGCCCUUUUUAUUUGUUGAUUGUCGGUGGCUGGUCAUUCUCUGUGUACGCCAUUCAGCUCGUCUGCAGGAACCUCAGCAUAAUUCUACGAGAACACUGGCACAUGGCUUUAGGUUACGUCGGAGUGGUGGGAUUCAUCAGUUUUGCCGUGUGUUACCGUUACGGCCCCCUGGUGGAUGAGAAGAACAUCAACAUCUUGUCGUGGACACUGCAGCUGUUCGGCCUACUCCUGAUUUACUUAGGAAUUCAAAUACAGCAAGUUGCAUUCGCUAUCAUGGUGGCAGCUUUGCUCUCCAAAAAUCUGGAGUACCCAGUCUUUAUGGCAGUUACUGCAUGGAGGAAAAUCAGACGGUUGACUGGUCGCUGGAAGCCGAAGCCACGUCGCCUGUUGACUGAGGAGGAGUAUCAGAAGGAGGCGGAGGAAGAGACUCGACGAGCACUGGAUGAGCUGAGGAAGAUCUGUCACAGCCCAGAGUUCAGCCCCUGGAGAGCAGUGUCGAGGCUUCAGUCCCCAAAAAGGUUUGCUGAUUUUAUUGAGGGGUCACCUCACUUGAUGUCGAAUGAGGUGUCUGUCCACGCUCAGGAAUACGGCUUUGGUGGAUCAUUUUUCGAGGAUGAAUUCUUUGACACUGACGACGACGAGGAAGAAGAAGAAGAAGAACUGAAGCCUCUGAUGGUACCAGAGUGAGACGAGGAGCAAGUACUGUGUUGGAUUUGUUUUUGAAAAUUAAAACAAUUACUGCAUCGCUGCCUUUCAGAGAGGUGCUUGGACAAAUGGCUCCCUGCAGCUUCUUUGCAAACGUCCAUGUAAAUGUGCUGUGGUGGAUGGUUUUAAAACCCCGGAUCAUCACUUCAGUCACAGGUGACAACUUGACCGACACUCCCGGGCAGAACAGUCUGGUCAUUAUCAGCAUGUGUCUGUCUCAUAGUUUCAAAAACUGCACUAAAGCCAUCUCUUCUUUUUAAGGGAACAAAGGCUCAUGUCAAAAUUGAGUUUACUGAAAAGCUGAAACUCUGAUCGAGGCUCUUUGGAAGUCAAAGUGAAUUUUUACUGGGUGCUGGUAGUUUUGAACUGUGCGUUCUUUUAGUCAUAGUUUAGAAAAGGUUUUUAGUUUUCAAAGCUGCAGUAGGAGAGUCGAGAUAACGUGCGUACAUCACUGUGCUUAGUUCACUCGUCUCUGAACAGUGGUGGUUGUUGUUCCAGAUGUUUUCUUCAGGGAGGAACCGCUUGUUCCUGUUUUGUGUUUCACAUGUUCAUUUUAAUGGACUAAUCAGCCGAGGUUUUCCAAAGUAUUUUGAAUUAAAAAAAGAAAAAUUGCACACUGA